CGGGAGAAACAUCGCGAGAUUUCCCGAAGAAACUCCCAGCAUCCAAGGAAAAGAUACCGGAAACAUCUCGAACCAUCUAUGCUGACGGUAUAAAUAUCAUUGCUAUGAUCAAACUCGCAGCAAUCGACGAUCGAAAUCAAUUUUCUGAAUCUUCAAACAAUUUCCAUUUACUUCGUAAGGAAGAAGUCGGUGGCGGAUGGCGAACCCCUUCUACCGCAGCCAUUGGAAUCCAAUCCGCAAUGGUUACUACCCUCAAGCCCAAAUCCAGCCGGAAUCCACCAAGCCAAAGGUCAUUAGCAUACCCGUCCAAUUCGUCGGCUCUGACAACGCCACUAGAAAGAAGACGCCGGCACCGGCGACUAAAACUGACACAGCUACGCCGACGGGGGAGGCGAGGGUAGCGGCCGCCGUAACGAUCCAGAGAUCUGUGCGAGGUUUCCUGGUGAGGAAGAAUGUACGUUUAGUACGCCAGAUUGCCGGGGAAGUGGAGGAGAUCGAGCGGAAGGUGAGAGAGGAAGAACGUAAAAUUCGGCUGGACGCUAGGGAGCGCAUUUUGGUGAGCGAGACGCUCAUGGCGUUACUCCUACGUCUUGAUACAGUCCGUGGGGUGAGGGAUUUUCGAAAGAGGGUCAUCCGACGGGUCAUCAGUCUCCAGGAGAAGAUCGAUUUCCUCUCUGCUGCUGCUGUUGAUGGUCCGAUCACAUUAUCUGAGGAAUCAUCAAUAGAUCUGGAAAAGACUACAGAUCAAACCCUUCAUCUGGACGAGAUGGAGGAGGAGAAGACGGAGUUUGACAUGGAAAUGUACGAGACAGUUGAAUCGCCUAAGAUAAGCAGUGAUACUAUCGCGACAGUGGAUGGCACAAUUUCUAGGAGUUGCGCAGAUCAAAACCUCGAUGCUGAAGAGGAGACCCACGAGGCCGAUACAGUGUUGGAGAUGGAAAUUCUGGCGGAGGCUGAGUCAUCGGAAAGGCAGAGUGAUCUAACUGAAGCAGCUGAUGGCCCGAUUUCCUCAAGAAGCUUAGAGGAUGAUCAGAAGAGUUUCGUCAAAUUAGCGGAGGAAUCAUUGAUAGAUCAUGAAAAGAUAGCAGAUCAGACCCUCGAUCUGGAACUGCUGAGGAGGAAUGAGAAUGAUGCGGAUUUGGAGGUGAAUAUUCCCGCCACUCUUGAAUCACCAAAGAGAAAAAGUGAUCUGAUUGAUAUUGACCUUGUCCAAGAUGGAUCAAGGUCAUCGGAGUUAGAGGAGGAAAUCCACAAGGCUGAUGAAGAAGAAGCAUCAUUGGUGGUGGAGUCACUGGAAGCAAAGAGGGAAGAUGAGAUGAGGAUGAGGGAGAUGGUGGAAAGGAUGGCAUUGGAGAACGAUAGACUGAAGGAGAUGGUGGCGCAGUUGUGCUCAACGAGCUCUAAACAGUUCCAAGUAAUGGAGGGUUUGGCAGACCGGCUGGAGCAUCUCGAGCGUCUCGUCCAUCAUCGGAUGGAUCGCCGCAAGAAGAGGAGGAGCAUCGCUCCCUGCUCUGCGCUUUCCUCUGCUAAUUAGCUUCUGCUAUCAGUUGAGAUCUAUUAAAUAUUGUAGUUUCUUUCAAUUUUUUAUAACAAGGUUCUUUCUUCCCCCAUUGGAGCCAUGAAAGGAGUUGUUCCAAUGUUAUUUUGAUAUAUGUUGCAUUUUACUAGAUGUUGCAUUUUAUAGCUCUAGCUUUCAACUUUCUAAACGUGCUAUGUGUGGUAGCAAUUUGAUACACCUCAAAAAAUCAUCUUGGUC